CUAUUAUUAUUAUAUGCAUGCUGAACGUUGCUCUCAUCCUCUCUUUGCAUUACGCUUUGGUUAUUGUUCCCCCACAUCCAUCCUACUUUACUGUUUUAAAGCUUUUUCUACAGUAUUAUUUAGCCUUUUCACUGGAAGCUUGGUUCCAGCCCAGUUCAGAUGCAGUCCAUCCCAACAGUGCAGCUCAUUCCUGUACCAGUACUGGUCCAAGUUUCCCAUGAAAUGGAAUCUGCUCCUCGCACCACACAUUCAUUUCCCUGAUCUGUUGAUCUCUGCUGAUUAGUACGUGGCUCGGAAGGCAAUCUUGAGAUUGUCCUGUUUUUCAGUUUAACUCCUAGCUCUUGAUAAUCCCUUACAAGGACCUCCUAUUUCCGCUUUCUUUUGUCAUUGGUUCCCGGAUGAAUAAGCAUAAUUGUUUCUGUUCCCUCCCUUUUCUAAGUUCCUUUCCAGCUGCUUUGAAAUAUGCCUUACCCUGGAACCGGGAAGGCAACAGACCUUCCUGUGCACUCGAUCUCGACUGCAGAAGAUACACGCGAUUGCUAUAUUUAUUGCAUCCCGGAUGACAAUAUUCCUAUCACGCUCCUAACCCGCUUGCCUUCUGCUCUAUGGUGCAUUGAUUUGCAUUCAUGCCACACCUUCCCCACAUUCAUCUCCCCCAUCUAAUGUAGUAGUGACCUUCGAUGCUCUCACUACCCUUCACGUAUGCCUUAUUUUUGUCAGUUGACCACAAACCUACAAUCAAACAAAUUCUGGAAAGCUACAGCGACUCAGAGGUGCACAUGUUGACCUGGACGUUCCGUCAGAGACUGGAGCAGAUGAUGGAUGAUCUGGUAGAGGACUUGACAUCGAUGCUGGAGAAACUGUUGAAACUCAAAGAGUUUGCGGAAAUCAGACAGCUGUUAAAUAGGAAAGAGAAACAUGAAGCAGCGAAAUAUCUUCUGGAUUUAUUAACUGGAGCGCCAAGACAGGUGCAAAGAGGGAUGUGGGAAGCUUUUAUGAAAAUGGAGGACAAUAAACCACAGCUGAAGGGAAUCCUGAAAGAGAUCCAGGAUAAAGGUGAAAGUCUUCCCACUGAGGUAUUUCGGUGCUGGUGUGAGGAGAAGGUGCCAGAAGAACUUGCAGACUUUCAAAAACAGCACAAAGAAACCCUCCGCUCCCAGAAUGAGAAGCUGUCGGUUAACACGCUACGAGGACGGGAGAAGCGCAAGACAUUUGAACUGUCUGACCAAUACACAGAAUUAAUAGUCACUUCAUCUCUCCGUGAGCGGAGGCUAGUGGAGCAUGAACUGGUGGCGAGAGGCAGAGACCAUGAGCUGCGGCAAGAGAAGAAUAUCACGAAAGAGGUGAAGAAAAUACGAUCGAAUGAGCUGUUUGGAUCUACUUUCGGGACAACCGUCCUGAGUGGGAUCGCAGGGAUUGGGAAAACCACCAUGGUGCAGAACAUUCUGUACCGCUGGGCCACAGGAAAUAUCUAUCCCCAGAUCCAUUUUCUCUUUCAUUUCAAAUUCCGUGACCUGAACGUGAUAAAAGGGGAAACAAGCCUGAAAACCAUGGUCCUGGAAUCAUAUCCUUAUCUUCAGGAUGUUCUGGACAAGAUCUGGGAGAAGCCGCAGCAUUUACUUUUUGUGUUUGAUGGUUUGGACGAGUUCAAGGACAGGAUGGAGUUCACAGAGAGUGACAGAAGCCCAGUCACUCGUGUCAUCUGCCCGGGGCCUGAAUGCCUCUGUCCCGUGGCUGUCAUUGUGCACUCUAUGGUGCAGCAGGAAGUACUGAAAGGCUGUUCAGUGCUGAUCACAAGCCGCCCAACUUCCAUGGAGUCUUUAGAUCACAUCCACACCGACCGCUUGGCUGAAAUCCUGGGAUUCUUCGCUGAGGGAAGGGAAGAUUACAUCAGACGCUUCUUUCCAGAUGAGAAGAUUGCAGCUGAAGUGCUGAGAUAUGUGAAGGAGGAUGACAUCCUGUACACCAUGUGCUUCAACCCUUCCUACUGCUGGAUACUCUGCUGCACAGUGGAGCCAAUGUUCAUAGAUCCAGAACCAAAACAGCCUCCCCCCAAAACCAUCACACAGGUGUACUCCAGUUACAUUUAUAACAUCCUGAAGAACCAUUCCCGAGCUACUGAGAACCCUCGGGAGGUAAUGCUGAGAGCCGGGGAGAUGGCCUAUGAGGGGAUCUAUUACAGGACCACUGUGUUCGAUGAUGACCAUUUCGAUCGCCAUCAGCUUGAACCCUCAACCUUCAUCUCAGGGUUUAUGAUGGAGAUUCUGGAGAAGGAUAAUGGUGGGAGACGAUUUGUGUACACAUUCCCUCAUCUCAUCGUCCAGGAGUUUGUGGCUGCCCUCGCUCAGUACCUGACUCCCGGCUGCAGGGAUCUGCAUAAGCUGCUUCACCGGGUUCAGAAGGAGAACGACGGGCGUUUUGAGAUAUUUCUGCGGUUUGUUGUGGGUCUCUCCUCGCCCCACACACCUCGACAACUGGAGGAGAUCCUGGGGCCUUUACCUCACGAAUCAGUUGAUAAAGCCAUCUCCUGGCUGAAAGUGAAUGUUGAGGCGGCGAUUAAACUGUCAGGGAGUCACGAUUGUAAAAGGAAGCUGCUGAACAUGAUGUACUAUCUGUUUGAGUCGCAGAACUACAGACUACCCCAGGACAUUCUCGGAGCUGCGGAGACACUGGACUUCAGUGAGUUCACAUUGAAACCUCUGGACUGUGCUGUGCUUUCUCAUGUGUUACAGCUCUGUAACACCAUAAAAAACCUCAAUCUCAACAGCUGUAACAUCGGAGCUGAAGGGAUCCAGCAUCUGGUGCCCGCACUGCACAAGUGCCAACAUCUCAGGCUGGAGAGCAAUAAUCUGGGAGAGGUAGUGGACUUCACAGAGCGCAUGGACAAGAUUCUUCGGGGGGAAGGAGAUUGUUCAGAAGUCGUAGUCCAUGUGGGGACCCAUGAUAUUGGUAAGAAGAGGGCUGAGAUGCUCCAGGGCGAGUAUCAAAAGCUGGGGAGCAAACUCAAUUCCAGCACAUCCAAGGUGGUGAUCUCUGGGUUACUUCCGUACCUCAGGCAACAAGGCACCAUAAUGAAAGGAUCAGUCGCAUGA